AGAACGGCGCAGUCAGCAGUAGGAAUAAUGAAUAAAUAAAAAUAUAAAAUAUGACAGUUUCUAGGUAUAUAGGCGCAGGCUCGUAUUAUCGUCUCGUUAAUUAUUUAAUAAUGGGAUUCACAGCUAAUUAAAUCUGGAAGUAUAUCUUGCCCGCAAGGAAAGAAUAGAAGAAAAUACAGGCGGAGAGAGGCGAGGAAGGAAGAAAUCGACGAGGGGAUUGGAUUGGACUGCGACUGUUGUUGAUUCUCUCUUGCACGCGGCGGUCCUCCUCCAGAGUCCAGACCCAAUCCCAAAUCCCUAAUCCUACAGAGGGAUCCCAAAUCCGGCGUCCAGUCCAGUCCAACCUGUAGUAGAUAUCCCCGCCGGCUUGGCCGUCCGUCCUUGCCCCAAUUCCGAUUGACCGGAGAGGAGUUGGAUCAGGGAGCAUUGGAAUGGCCGCCGCCGCAUAGGAUGGAGCUGGAUUCCUCCGGCCGCUGCUCGGUUGCUCCCGUGAAUGCUGUGAUCGUCGCGAUUGGAGGUGGAGGCGAAGGUUCUCUUCAGUAAGAGCUUCAAGAGCUGUGAUCUAGCUGAUUGGGUAUGGAGGAGAGUGGCGGCAGCUGCGGAAAGCGGGAGGACGCGGCGCCGCCGUGGAGGCCGAGCGACUCCACGGCGUUCGGCCGUUUUGCGGCGGCCGCUUCUCCGCCGGAGGCGUCCCCGUCGGCCUCCGCCAAUGGGGCUGCUGCCCGCGUCAGCAGCCUUCAUGGGGUCAGGCGGAAACCGUCUGUUGCGAGAUUAACAGCAGGCAUCAUUCAGACAUAUCUACAAUGUGAUCCCGAGUUUAAGUACUCAGAGGUUCUAAAUCCAAAACGUUUCCUCACGAAUCCCUCUACCCCAGCCCACAACGAUGGGCUUGACAAUGCAAAUUGGGAUCUCAUAUUGUAUGUCAACUUGGAGUUGGUUAAUAAGAUGUCGAACAGAAGGUUUAUUGUCAAGGAAAUGCUUGGGCAGGGAACUUUUGGUCAAGUAGUUAAAUGCUGGGACACAGAAACUAACGACUAUGUUGCUGUGAAGGUGAUAAAAAACCAGCCUGCAUUUUACCAUCAAGCUAUCAUGGAGGUUUCACUAUUAAGAACGUUAAAUCAGAAAUUUGAUCCUGAUGAUCAGCAUAACAUUGUCCGUAUGCUUGAUUAUCUGUCAUUUCAAAACCAUUUGUGUAUAGCUUUUGAGAUGCUUGGCCAAAACCUAUAUGAACUGCUCAAAAGGAAUCACUUAAGAGGUCUGAAAUUGAAAUAUGUUCAAGCCUUCUCAAAACAGAUAUUGGAUGCCAUGGUUGUGAUGAGAGAAGCUGGAAUCAUCCAUUGUGAUUUGAAGCCAGAAAAUAUCCUGUUAGCUCCCAGUGUCACAACAGCUGCAGAAGUGAAAGUUAUUGAUUUUGGAUCAGCCUGCCUGGAGGGUAAAACGGUUUACUCGUACAUCCAGAGCCGCUAUUACAGGUCUCCAGAGGUUCUCCUUGGCUAUCCAUAUACUACCGCGAUCGACAUGUGGUCGUUUGGCUGCAUAGUUGCUGAACUGUUUCUAGGUUUGCCAUUGUUUCCUGGAGCGUCAGAAUAUGAUGUGCUUCAGCGAAUGAUGAAAAUUCUUGGGGGCCAACCACCAGAUGAACUGCUAAGGGAAGCUAAAAACACUGCAAGGUUUUUUAAACAUGUUGGAAGUAUCUAUCCUGGCAAUGAGGCACCUACUGGUCUUUGUAGUGCGUACAAAAGUUUAAGUGAAGAAGAUGUUGAAGUGCAGAGAGACUCCAAGAAGCCACAGAUGGGAAAGUGGUACUUCCCACACCUAAAGCUUGACAAACUCAUAUGUACCUAUCCUUGGAACAAUUCCGAACUGACAGAGACAGAAAAAAUGGAUCGUUUGGGAUUAGUUGAUUUCUUGAAGGGUCUCCUUGAAUUUGAUCCAAAUAAGAGAUGGUCACCAUUGCAGGCUCUAUACCAUCCAUUCAUAACAGGCAAAUCGUUCACCGGUCCAUAUGAACCUGUACCUGAGACCACAAGAAUUCCUGUUGUUCGUGCUGCAGCAAUUGAUCACAAUCCUGGAGGGGGCCACUGGCUACAUUCAGGUCUUUCCCCGCAGGUUGGAAGUGUCAACAGAUACCUACCUUCGAAUAAUGCCUACCCUCCAAAGGUUCCUUUUUCUUAUGGGAGUAGUUAUGGAAGCUUUGGUAGCCAUGGUAGCUAUACCGCCAAUGCUGGUUUUGGUAACAGCUACGGAAGCAUUGGUGAUGUUAAUGCUAUCAAUAUGUAUUAUUCACCCUUAAGUUCUUCUGGAUUAACGCAAAUUGGCUCUAGUCCAGAUGUUAGACUAAGGAUGCUUCUCCCACAUGAUAGAGGAAUUCGAUUGAGCCCUGGUAGUCUUGGGCCUAUGUCUCUUGGAGCCAGUCCAUCACAGUUUACCCCACCAAACUACCAGAUGCAAAUCCCAGCUAAUUCGGUUGGGAAGCAUGGUUCUGGUUCUCCUGCAAGUGGAGGCAUUCAUGGUUCUCCGUUAGGAAAAUCUGCAGGAGUGGGCCCAUACAACAUGAGGAGGAACUUGCCAAUGCCGCCACAUGAUUAUGUAUCUCAGCAUGGACACGGGCGUUGUGGAGAUGGUGUCAGUUUCAGUCAUUUUGAUGCCUGUGCUCGAGGACAUACAGGUCACUCUCAUAGUGCAGCGGGACCUAGUUCUUAUCAUUCUGGUUGGAGACCACAAAUAGGUUCAAGGAGUGGUAUUUCCUUGGAGGCCUCGUCUAGUCAUGUGCUUUCACAGGCUCCAUCACAAUCGUUUGACUUUUCACCUUCAUCAGCACUUGAUCCUGCUAAUUGGGACCCUAAUUAUAGUGAUGAGUCACUACUGCAGGACAAUUCACUGUCAGCUGAACUAAGUAGCAACCUCCACUUUGGAGAUGCAACUGGCCAAGGGAGUGGAUCUAUCAGAGCAGAUCAAUUAUUUCAUGUGUCUUCUCAAGGAUUGAGUGCCCAUUCCAGUGUUCCCGUCAACUACGGUGGUUACAACCCUCCAAAUUAUCCUCCGCAAAAUCUCCGUCCUCGUCGUGGACAACCAAUUCUUCAUCAGCGAUAUAACCAGGCAACUUCCAGUCCGAUGCGGCCAAUGGGAAGCCAUCACAGUGGGCAGCCUGCGUGGCCUAGUUUUGGCAUGGGCGAUGGAGUGCCCUGGGGAGGAACAGGAGGGCACUCAUUUACGACAAGUGGGCUAUCUUCAUCUCUUGCAAGAAAGGAUUAUGGGAGCAUCUUUUAGUGUGUUGUGGACAGGAGGAAUGGCGUUGAUUCAUUGCAGUCGUAAAUUAUUUGUAUUAGCAAAAUUGGAGUGCGAUGAUUCUGGUUUAUUGUUUCGAUGUUGUUACCCCAUCCCUCCAAUUGGUCCUUUGUGAACAAGACAGUUGAUAUACAAUAUAUGAUCGAUGACAAUAGCAUUCCUUUGCAGCCCUUUUUUUAUCA